AUCAAUCUCACGUGUCUUUUGAGGAACUACUGCGGGUGCAGAGUGAUACGAGAACAAAAGUGUGCAAGCGGGUCACCAGUGGGAAGAAAACUGCAAAACCUACCAGACCUACCGUGAAGCAGCAACAAGGCAAAAAGGGGCCAAUGGAGAUGUCUUCCAAGAAGCCUGCACCUUUUCUUCGACAAGUCGUCUCUGUUAGAAAGAAGGUCCACAGAGACCCUCGAUUUGAUGACCUGUCUGGAGAGUAUAAGCCUGAAAUAUUUAUGAAGACGUACAGCUUCCUGAACAGCAUCAAGAAGCAGGAGAAGGAGAUGGUUCAGAAGCAACUGAAAAAAUGCCGGAACACAGAGCAGAAGGAGAAACUCCAGCAGCUCCUGAACCGUAUGAUACAGCAAGAACAGGCACAGGAGAAAAAGCAGAAAUUGAGGGAGAGGGAGCUGGCUUUGAAGAGAAAACAGAGGGAGUUGGCCAAGCAGGGAAAGAAACCCUUCUUCCUUAAGAAAUCUGAGAAGCGAAAAUUGGAGCUAGCUGAGAAGUAUGCAGAGCUGAAGAGGAGCGGAAAGCUGGAGAGCUUCUUGAACAAGAAGAGGAAGAGGAAUGCCAUCAAAGACAAGCGCCAUCUGCCCUCACAGAAGAACUUGUGACUGCUGGACAGGCAGGCAGCUGUCUGGCACUGGGACUUGCUCUGCCCUGGCUAGGCCUGGAGGAUGGCCAUCACUCUGCCCAGUAUCUGCCUUUCACUGUACAGUGAUGCUGUUGGACAGCAGAGCAGAGGCUGAACUGAAGGAAACGGUGAUUUUUGUAGCUGAAAUGUCCUCUUUGCUUGUGGUUUACACCAUGCCUGGGUGGUGACAAGUCUGUCAUGCAGAUGCACAUGAUGUUGACA